AUGGAUGAAAUACUCGCCCCUAUUCAGGAUGCCAUUGAAGGCCAAAUUGACUUCCACGGCCAACGUCUAGCAGAGCUACUGUCGACCAUCUUACUGGUUAUUUCAGGGGUCACCAGUUUCGUUGUCGGAUACAUAUACAAGGACAUCCACCUUACGUUGUGGACCGGUUUGGCGGGCACACUGUUUACAGCUUUCGUCGUUGUCCCACCUUGGCCGGUAUACAACCGCAACCCAGAGAAGUGGUUGGGCUCACCAAGUGCGAGAGCAACUCCGGGUAUAACUGUGGACGGGGUGAAGGUGCAAUAAGCUAUUGUUGGAAAAACUGUCAAGCGUAAUAAUCAUUGGAAACAUUUGGCCAGCGCUCUCGUCUGCUACGGAAUAUGAGAAUGGGAAACUAUGGAG